AUGCGAUUAGCUCGUGUACGUAUUUAUCAACAAUCUAUUUAUUCUCAUUCUUUUCAUCGUCAUAUUCUUGGUACAUUUCCAAGUUCAUCGAUGAAAGCAUGUUUAUGGUUAUGUCAAAAUAAUGAUUAUUGUCGUACUGCUGCUUAUCGACCAUCUGAACAACAAUGUUAUAUGUAUGAAGAAAAUAGUUAUGUUGGAACAAUCUCAUCAACAACAGAUGGUUCUAUUGUAUUGGCUUUUAAUCUAUGUCCUAUUGAUGGUUCAAGUCAAGAACCAGCUUCUAUUUGUUUUGGUACAUCAUCACGUCAACCUGUAUCAAUGCAGACUGUAAUGAAUAGUCUUCAACUUAUUAAACAAUAUUCUAAUAUUGAUACAAAUGGAUUUGUUUUAUCACCAGGUGAAGUGUGGGUACCUAGUACAAGUUCACCAUUAAUAACAGUAUAUUCUUUUGAUAAUUACUUAUCUAUUCAAUCAGUAACAAGUGGAAAAUUAUUUGGUUAUUUCGAUUUAGAUUCUCAAAUGCGACCAAUAGUGGCAUAUGGUGGUCAAGGUUUGUAUUUUUCAUGGUUAACUACAACAAUUGACAAUGGUCAACCGUUUUGGACACCAUGUAUUUCUGUUACAGGUUAUAUUGUUGGACUUCUUGAAAAUAUGAAUUUAAUUAAUAUUUAUAAUCAAUCGAACGGUGCUUUUGCAUAUACUAUAAAUGGUUCAACGAAUACAGGUUCUACUAGUUAUCGUAAAUUUGCAUGUACAGUACACGGUCAAAUAUUGUACUUAGCCAGUCAAAAUGCAAUUCAACAAGUAUCAAUUGCUUCACCUGGUGGUACAAAAAUAUUUACAUCAAUUUUUAAUUAUACAACUAAUAAUCCAAGUUUUAUUACAACCGAUGCAUCGAAACGUCUUUAUUCAUCAUGUUCUGAUUGUUCAUCAUUGAAUAAAACAUUUAUAUUAACAACCAAUGGCACGGUUUUAGCACAAUGGCCACAGAAUUUAGCUUUUGCUCAAGGCAAAGCAUCUAAAUACAAAUAUUACUUUGUUACAUCGACCGUUUCAAAUAUUCUAUCAUUUUAUGAAUAUUAA